GGAGGGCGUGGUGGUGGUGGUGGUGGUGGACGCACCGCCAAACAAAACCAAACCAAAUGCCUCCCCAACAGCUCCGGUUUGGAUUAAAGCCAGUCUAAACCCCCUUCCAAACGCCCACCCCCACCACCCAAUUAUCCCAAUCCCCCGCUAACAGCAGCACCAAUAAAGAACGCGGAGAAAAAGAGAGAAAUUUUCCGCCGCAUUAUCAUAGUAGCAUAACAGUUGUUGGUGGUUGGUGCCCGCUUUGUUUACCCAUUUAUUUUUGGACCCGAGGAGAAGAAGCAGCAGCGGAAGGAGGAAGAAGCAGCAAAGAUAUUGUAAUCUUCGGUGGGAGGGAUCCGAUUUUGUCCCCGUGCCGGAGGAGAGAGGGAGAGAGACAGAGAGAGGAGCAAAGAUUCACCGAUUUUCUUUCUCCUCUCCGCCCCUCGCCCCCCUCUCUCUCCUUCCGCUAUCCCCAAGGUCAGCUCGUGACAGCAAUCGUUCUGCCGGCCGCUGCCUGCCCCCCACGAGGAGCGCGCCGCCGUCAGAAUCAUCCUGAAUCAUCGGCGCACGCUGAUACCUCUGGUGGUUGCUGCUGAGCUGGUGAAGGAGCCCUGCGGAGUCCUGUGCACGCCUCUCUCAGCCAUCAAUAAUUGAUCGGACAAAGGCAGGUCAGUUAGAAUUUUUGUUGGGUUGACUUCACAAGUGACAUGCAGUUGCUUCAUAAUAAGUGAGCAGUCAAAGUUGUGACAUGUCUAAUUAUUACUCAAGCCCGGGCGACGAAAGGGACCCGCAAACCAUGUACUCACCGGAGACGGGAAGCGCAUCGUAUCCCGUGCCAUCAGCCCUGGGGAACUUGCUCUAUUCAAACAAUGCAUCUUCUGGGCCGUAUACGGAAUUCAGUGGCAUAAUCCAGCCUCAGCAGAAUUUCAUGGAGCUGCAUGGCCAUCCUUCAGAACAUUCAUCAUCAAGGGAACCUAACAUGGUCACUUCGCUUGCAGAGCAAAGCUCCUUCGCUCCUGUCAAAGAUAUGAGAAAUGAGAUGUUGAUGCAUUUCAUGGAUGGCGCACACAGUGGUGGUGGUGAUCUCAUCCACAAUGAUGCCCAUAGCAGUGCGCAGCUUGAGUUUGGCUUGUUGAACAACCCCAGCUCGGCGAUUGUUCCAUCAGCACCAGGCCAAGGAUUGUCGCUGAGCCUCAACACACAUAUCCUGGCACCUUCAUACCCAUACUGGUCCCCAAAGCCAGACUUAUUGACGACCCAAUCUUACCAGGGAGAUGAAAACGGAAUGAAGAAUAUGCAGUCGGAGGCCUCACGGGCAAUCAGGAAUUCAAAGUAUCUAAAGGCAGCACAAGAAUUGCUUGAUGAGAUUGUCAGUGUUUGGAAGAGUAUAAAACAGAAUGCGCAGAAAGACAAGGUUGAAGCAGGAAAAAUGGAUGGAAAAGACGCUGAUGAGGUGUUGAAAAGCGAGGGGGUAUCUUCCAACCCACAGGAGUCUGCUGCCAAUGCAGAAGCUGAGAUUUCUGCGGCUGAGAAGCAAGAGCUCCAGAAUAAGAUGGCGAAACUUUUGGCCAUGUUGGAUGAGGUUGACCGAAAAUACAAGCAUUAUUUUCAUCAAAUGCAAAUUGUAGUGUCGUCUUUCGAUAUGAUUGCUGGGUCUGGAGCUGCCAAACCUUAUACUGCAGUUGCCCUUCAGACAAUAUCGCGGCAUUUCCGGUGUCUGAAGGAUGCCAUCAACGACCAGGUUAAUGUCAUCCGGAAGAAACUGGGAGAGGAGGAUAAUUCAUCGGGCAGAGAGGGCAAGUUAACUCGCCUCCGUUUCAUUGAUCAGCAGUUAAGGCAGCAACGAGCUUUCCAACAGUAUGGUAUGUUACAGCAAAACGCUUGGAGGCCGCAGAGGGGUCUGCCUGAAAACUCAGUUUCAAUUCUUCGUGCUUGGCUGUUUGAACACUUCCUUCACCCGUAUCCAAAAGAUUCAGAAAAGCUAAUGCUAGCGAGGCAAACUGGUUUAACAAGAAGUCAGAUUUCAAACUGGUUCAUAAAUGCCCGUGUCCGCCUGUGGAAACCGAUGAUCGAAGACAUGUAUAAAGAAGAGACCGGGGAGGCCGAGCUCGACUCAAACUCCUCCUCUGACAACGUACCAAGAAGCAAGGACAAAAUGGCAUCCUGUGAAGACAGAGAAGAUCAGAAAUGCUCCAUGAGCCAGGGCCAGGCUUACCAAACCAGUGAAUUCAAAGCCAACGUUGGAAUGGUGGGCCUCACCGGAGGGCCGGCCAGCUUCCACAAUGAGGCGAGCUCCGACGACGGCUUCAUGAACCUGCUGUUGAAGGACCAAAGACCGGGCGAGGCGGACGGCGGUCUCCUCCAUGGUGACGAGAGCGCACGGUUCAUGGCCUACCAUCUGGCGGAGCUGGGGGGAUAUCAGAACAGCAAUGUGUCGUUGACGCUAGGACUGCAGCACACUGAGAACAACCUUUCAGCUCCAAACAACACUCACCGGCCAGGUUUCACCGUGGGCGGGGAAGGGGAUAUCUACAACACUACCGCGGCUCAUCCCGGUGGUGGCGCCGCCGCCGCCUCUCCGGAUUACGAAUCGACGAACCAGUUGGAUCAGCGGCAGCAGUUUGAGCCGUCGCCUCUGCUGCAUGAUUUCGUGGCCUAAGUGAAAUGAACGCUCGUUGCUGGUGAAGAUGGGAUGGGGAGGAUUAUCUGUAAUUUGUAGGCCAUGAUAAUAACGUGCCUGAAAAAGCCUGGAAAUUGUAGCUGUAGUUGCAUUUGGUAUAGAAGAGAGGGGGUAUAGCAUGAAAUGUAUUAUAAGUUUGUGGGGGUGGGGUAAAUAAUUUUUGUAAA